GGCUGGUAGUGGUGGCCUGGUGGGUAACCUCCUAGAGCUUUCUUACACACAAACCAGAAAAAUUUACUUUAAAAAACCGAAAAAUACAGUUAUUGUUUAUACGCCAAAUUGCUAUAGGGGGUUAUCAAUUUGAUAGGGGAUUACCAAUCCUUUGUCUCGAAGAUCACAAGUCGUUUGGUAAAUGACAAAAUCCCUCUUACACUAGUCAGUUGAUUCGAGUUGUCCGUCGAUAAACAAAAAGAUUACCUUUGUUCAUGAAUCUUAGUAGUAGUAAUAAUUUAUUAAUCCCAUGAGUUUUUUUUUAAGUCAUUUUUCUCUAAAAUGAGUACUAAAAUUGUGCUUCCCACCUUAUUUAAAAAUAAGAAAAAGAAAAAAAAAAAACAUAACUCCCGCGUUUGUGAUUUUAGCUUGAGUUGACUUGAUCAAUCUUCCAAGCUCGACAGAAAAGAUUGAGACAGAGGCGUAGAUCGGAAAGUCUAAUCUCGUUGAAGAAUGAAAGUAAGGAAUAGAGGGGGAUUAUUCAGAGCAAAGCUAGAAUUACCCAUUGUUUUACUUUCAUGCACUCUAUUUUUCCUUGCUGGUUUCUUUGGAUCCGUUCUCCUUUCUCAAGAUAUUGAUGAAGUUGUACCUAAAUCUAGGAUACUUGAGGAAUCUGUAGUAGAAGAAAAAGAGGAUAAAGUGUUUGAAUCAAUUCCUAAUGGAGAUACUGGGGAUUCUUAUGUUACUUCCAUUCCUUGUCAGGUUUUGAGCUGGAAACCUCGUGCUGUUUAUUAUCCUGGUUUUGCAACUGCAGAGCAAUGUGACAACAUAAUUAAAAAGGCCAAGGAAAGUCUUAGUCCAUCAGGCUUGGCUUUCAGGAAAGGAGAAACUGCUGACAACACCAAGGGAGUAAGAACAAGUUCAGGCACAUUUCUCAGUGCGUAUAGCGACUCAACUGGAACCUUGGCCCAGAUUGAGGAAAAAAUAGCAAGGGCUACAAUGCUUCCAAGGAGCCAUGGCGAGGCGUUCAAUGUUCUGCGCUAUGAGAUUGGACAGAAAUAUUUAUCUCAUCAUGAUUCAUUCAACCCAACCGAGUAUGGACCACAAAGGAGCCAAAGGAUAGCGUCCUUCCUGUUAUAUCUUUCUGAUGUGGAAGAAGGUGGUGAAACAAUGUUCCCGUACGAGAAUGGUUCGAAUAUGAAUAUCGGCUAUGACUAUGAAAAAUGUAUUGGCUUAAAAGUGAAGCCCCGUAGAGGGGAUGGCCUGCUCUUUUAUUCGUUAUAUCCAAAUGGCACGAUUGAUCAGAUGUCACUUCAUGGGAGUUGUCCGGUGAUAAUUGGACAAAAAUGGGUGGCUACAAAGUGGAUCAGGACUCAAUAAAUGAACGAAUGAUAUUUACGUACACGUAAUAAGAAGAGGGAAAAUCACGUUACGAGUUUUGUUUUCUCAUUGGGUACCUAUAGUAUAACGAUACUUUUUUACUGCUACUGAACUCAAGAGGAGAUGAAGGUAAAAAAUAAAUUUCCGUAAGAUGUAAGUUCUUUCUUUGAUUAGGGUGGGAAGUGUCGUUAUUUUAUUUCUAAUUAGGUGCAUUAGAAAAAAAGAAGGGCAAUACACUGAAAACAGUGAAUAAUUUUAAUUUAUUUUAUCAAAGGUUUCUGAGCAUAUCG